CGGAGGCCUUGGAGGCACAAUGUCGUAUCUCCAGAGAGGCCCGCAUCCAUGACUCUGGCGAUGGCCAGAACCCAUCAGGGGACGAGGAUGAUGAUGAUGAUAUGGAAGGGGAUGAUGAUGACGAUGAUGACGAGGAUGACGAGGAUGAGGGAAUGUCCCGUGAAGAUGCAGAGGACCAGUCAUUUGACCAGGAGAGGUCGGGAUCAAGCUCGCCACGUGUGUUGAAGAGGUCAGUAUAUGGAUGUUAUAAAGCAUGCAAAUUUGUAUCAUUUUUGGUUUGGUUAAAGAGUUACACAGAUAGUACCAAAUACAUGCUCUGUAUAGUGAGUUGCGAAUGGCACAGAGCAAGUACCAAAUUUUCUAUGUUCUGUAUAGUGAGUAAUGGUACAGAAUUAGUACAAAAAUUCUUUCUAUGGUUGUAGUUUCUCUGUUAAAAUUGAAAAAAAUUGAAAUAUGUAGAUAUUUAUCUUACUAAAGGGAUUGCUUAAAUGAGCAUGUUUUUAUUUUUAUUGAACCAGGCAAUCUUCAGUAGAUGAAGCAUCUCCUGUAUUUUCAUUUGGUCAAAGGUCAAGGCCAACUUGGAGCCAAUCAAAAUCACGGUAAUUUAUUAAAAAAAAAUUUAAAAUUGUAUGAUGAUGUGAUUAUAUGGCAAUGGAACAGCUUUACAUACAUUUAACCUCUGUUGAGAAAAGACACAUUUUAAAAAAUAAAUCCAUGCAUUGGUUGAAGAUUCACUGGUUACAAACAAACAAAAAAAAAAAAAACCUUAUAAUUUAAUGACAUUUUUUUAUGAUAUAUAGAUUCUUUAGAAAAUAUCUAUUUUCAAAAUCUUGAUGACAAGACUUUGCAAUUUAAUCAGUCUGUCAGACACAUCUCAUAUUAAUAUCAUUUUUGGGGUUGCAAUUUCUUCAUUUUUUUUGUAUCAAUUUCCAGUGCCAAGAUUUUGUUAACACAAAUUUUUUACCCCUUCCAGAAACAGAGAGUUCUCUGAGUCUUCCAAUAUCUCUUACUCCUCACAGUCCUCAAUGGAGAAUCGUGGUAAGUCUUUGUCGAUUAGAUGGAUAAUGACAUGAAGUAAUCAGACAUUUAGAAAAUAAUAAUUAUAGUAAUAAUAAUAAUAAUAAAAGUUGUUGUCUACUGCAGUAAGAAAAUGAGUUUUCAGUACAGUAGUUGAAAAUCUAGAAUCUAUGAUUUGCCCUAAUUGAGAAUCUAGCAUCCAUUGUUUCCUCUGUAGUUAAGAAAAUCUAGCAUCCAUGGUUGGCCCUGUAGUUAAGGAAAUCUAGCAUCCAAGGUUGGCCCUGUAGUUAAGAAAAUCUAGCAUCCAUGGUUGGCCCUGUAGUUAAGAAAAUCUGGCAUCCAUGGUUGGCCCUAUAGUAAAGAAAAUCUAGCAUCCAUGGUUGGCCCUGUGUUCCACUAGAUUUCCUCUCCUGGGAAUUUGGCAUCUCGUAUUUUAGUAAAUUUUUUGACACUUAUCUGUAUGUUCUUGUGUGCUGUGAUAGACACCAAUCUGUGUGUUUUUGUGUGAUGUGAUAGACACCAAUCUGUGUGUUCUUGUGUGCUGUGAUAGGCACCAAUCUGUGUGUUCCUCUUCACACCUAUUAGGCUGUAUUUCAUCACUUUUAGUUUUCUCAUGAGUUUAGAUAGCAUGCCGUAAGUGACAGUAGUAUUAAUGUUGCCAAUCAUUUUAUGAGAUUCUCUCUCUCUAACUUGCUCCCAUCACAGCAAUGAGUCCACACAACAUUGACACCGAGAUAGCCAGGAGCCUGCUGGAUCUGUCACAGCCAAGGCGAUCUGAGUCCAAGGAGAUUGUCGAUGAGGAAGCCAGACGCCAUGGUUUGUGUAUUUUAAAUAAAGUUAAAUGUUGAUUUAUUAUAUUUGUGGGGGAAAAAGUUAAAAAAGCGCGCACGUGUGUGUGUGUGUGGGGGGGGGGGUUGAUUGGAAGUCAGUGUGUGUUAAAAAUGUAAGUUAUACUGAACCAAUAGGUCUUUUAGUGCCAUUAUUAUGUUUUGGGAUGGUGCGUCUGAAUGACUACUUCAUGUGUUGUAUUAGUCAAGUGUGUUGUGUUUGGACUUAUGCCCCUACUCCUCAAUCUGCCAAUCUUGUCUGUAAUCUACUUUCUGUGCUGCCCAUGCCUUUUAACAAUAAAAGCUAUUCAUUUUAUGUGGUCAGAAAAUUGAAAAAGUCCUAUUUAAGACUUCAGCAAUUUAAACAUUAUUCUUUUGAUCAAUUACUUUUAUUUUCACUUUGGUUGGAUGGUAAGAAAAUUUCAAUUGUUUGGACAUUGAUGGUGUAAUAUAUAUAUAAAUAUAAAUAAAUAUAUAUAUAUAUUUAUUUAAUUAUACAAAGACUGUGUCCGCAAAAAAAAAAAAGGAAUAUAUUUGACAUGAAGAAAUAAGAGUAAUGUUUGUGUGUUUUUAUUUCUUGUCCGUAGCCUUGAGCCACCUGCAGAGUUUGAUCACCCAGCUGAUGGCUCAGAAGAAACCCCUGUCAGGUCUCAACAUUACUGGGGACAGCACGUCCACUGCACCAGAGUCCGGUCGCAUGGUGAUGACUCCAUCACUGGGGUCUGCUGGUGACGGAAGG